AUGGAAGCAGAAAGUAAAGCAAAGACAAUAGGAUAUCACCAUAACAAAACCAGGAAAGAGUAUUCUAUCCUUGAGAGGCCGUUAAGAACAAAAAAGGAACAAUACGAUCACCAUGGAGCGAGAACAAAAGGCAAGAUGGGUCGAGCAUUUGAAGGCACUCUGCUGAAUGUUCACGUCAAGCCAAAUGAGAAAACGAACGAAUGCCACCAAGAUCAGCUGCAGCACCGCCAAGAUGUUCAGAAACAGCAGCAUGAUGGCAAGUCCACACGUGAGCUACAAAAGCUAGUACCAGGCCAACCAGUAUCGGUGUUUCAACCAAAAACCAAGACCUGGACUCCGGCAACACUGAAAGAGCAAAUGAACCAGCCAAGAUCCUACAUUGUAGAGACAAACAGUGGUUCUGAACUAAGGCGCAACAGAAUACAGUUAAAACCGUCAGGCCAAGUAGCACCAAGCCUUGAAGGUCAACUGCUCUCUAGCCAAGACAAUCCACCACAGCCCAGUGCACCUACAUUUACAUCUCACCAAGUCCCGUCACCAGGAUUACCCCAGACACCCCAGAAACCAGCUACAGUUGGUGAGGGAAGUGCCGACCAACAUCUGACAACCAGAAGUGGUCGUGUUGUAAAGAAGCCAUUAAGGCUGGACCUUUAAACUUUGUUAAUCAGAACAACUCGGCUUAGCCGUCUGAGAAUUUUGUUGCGUUGGAUUCAAUUUGAACAAUACUUGCGUUAUUUAGGUUCCAAUUUAGAGACCAAGUUUGUUUCUUUCACCCGGCAAAGUUUUUAGGGUGGAGAUGUAAACAUAUCAGGUUAUGAGCAUGCGCAGUAGGACGAGACAGAAUAUACACGUGUGCUUGUACUCGUUAGCUGGAAUAAAAAGUUAUCUUUCUGAUCUCUGCCAUAACUUUACACGUAUAACAUUUUGGACAUUUACAAUUUAUCUUUGCUGGCGUAUAAGAACACGCGCUUGCUGUCGAUUUCGGCCCGAUAAUCCCUAGAUAAGAGGAAAGCCUCAAUUCUAAUAUCGAUCAUUUCUGUGCUUAGAAAAAUGCAGAUUAAAGAUGUUUACCGAUUGUGUGGUCUCUUUCCAAAGAAUGAUAACAGCAGCUCGUCAAACAUGGCCCGCAUUGCGUUCGUAGUGCUUCCUUCGCUCCGAGGAUAAUCGUUAUCUGGGGAGAAUUGUCUGUGACAUGGAACGCCAACACAAACUUUCCUUUUAUUUUAUAAUUUGGACAGUAUUUAACUCAAUUCGAGAUAAAUGUAAACCUCCUGAAGGCCCGCAUUCAUGGCAUUGGAAAGUAUUUGCGACUCCCUUUGUCCGCCAUCUUGAAUCUUUUGGGUUGUUGUGAAACACAACACUCCAACCAAAACACGCAUUCUCAUUGGUUGAAACGUGAGUUUCGCGACAUCACAGAUGUCCUAAUAUAUUGGGAUAUUCUGGACUGUUGAGAGGUUGAUGCUUUCCCUAGAUCAUAAGCCACGACGUGAACAAGAAGGUAUUUGAAAAGGUUAAUCUUACGCCCAGA